AACGGAACGUGAACGGCUUUUUUUUCACUUUCAAAAUCAUCGAUCGGUAUGGGUGUGGAGAAGAAGAAGAAGAUGGUGUGGUUUUGGCCGGAGAAGCACGACGGUGGAGUGAUUAGGGAGGCGGAGGAUGUGGCGGCGGAGCAUAUAUCGAGAGAAGGGACAAUGAGUCAUUACAGCUUUAGCAAAGGUCUUCUUCCGCCGCUUGGAGUCGGAGCCACCGCUCGCUCUAGCCGUCACAUUAAGCUCCGCUGCUUCAUCGUCUCUCCCUUCGAUCCUCGCUACAGCGUCUCUUCUUCUGAGAUAUCUGGAGAGAUUUAUAGUAUCUACUACAUUGAAGUUAAAAUGAUAUCGAUUCUCUUCAAAACUGUGAAACUGUUUCGAAAUUUCGAUGACUCUAAACUAGCUUGGGAUUGGUUUCUUGUGAUUUUGGUGCUUUACACAGCGUGGGCUUCGCCUUUUGAGUUUGGGUUCCUUCAAACACCAAGAGCACCUCUCAGUAUUCUUGAUAACGUGGUGAAUGGGUUCUUCGCUGUCGAUAUUGUUCUGACAUUCUUUGUUGCCUUCUUGGACAAGGCAACUUAUCUUCUAGUCGAUGAUCCCAAGAGAAUAGCUUGGAGAUAUACCUCGACAUGGCUGAUUUUUGAUGUGGUAUCUACAGUUCCUUAUGAACUUUUUGCCAGCUUAUUGCAUAACACUAUUCAAGGUUAUGGAAUUUUCAGUAUGUUGCGUUUAUGGCGUCUGCGCAGGGUCAGUAAAUGUUUUGCCAGAUUGGAGAAAGAUCGGAAAUACAACUACUUCUGGAUUCGAUGCACAAAGCUCCUCCUCGUUGCUCUCUUUGUGGUUCAUUGUGGCGCCUGCUUCUGCUAUUCUAUUGCUGCACAUUAUCCAGACCCUUCAAUGACAUUUAUGGCACUUGCGGAGGCAAACUGGAAACAGAAAUCUUUGCUUAUCCGGUAUGUUACAGCAAUGUAUUGGUCCAUAACAACCUUCUCAACAACGGGUUAUGGUGAUAUACAUGGUAAUAAUGCAGAAGAGAGGGCCUUCAUUCUCUUCUACAUGAUCUUUAAUCUUGGAUUGCUAGCUUAUAUAAUUGGUAAUAUGACCAAUUUGGUGGUUCAUGUGACCAGUCGCACCAUAAACUUUAGAGAUACCAUCCAAGCUGCAUCAGCGUUUGCUCAGAGGAACAAUCUUCCAGUGGGCUUGCAAGAACAGAUGGUAGCUCAUUUGUCUUUGAGGUACAGAACCGAUUCAGAAGGCCUACAGCAGAAAGAAAUUAUUGAUUCCCUCCCCAAGGCUAUUCGUUCCAGCAUAUCGCAUUAUCUGUUCUACGAAGUUGUUGACAAGACCUACUUAUUCCAUGGAAUAUCCAAUGAUCUUCUUUUCCAAUUGGUCUCUGAGAUGAAGGCCGAGUAUUUUCCUCCCAAAGAAGAUGUGAUUUUGAGGAAUGAAGCACCGUCAGACUUUUACAUAAUGGUCACAGGAGCUGUUGACAUCAUUGCACGUGUGAAUGGAGUGGAUCAGGUAGUUGGUGAAGCACAGACAGGUCAUGUUUUUGGUGAAGUUGGGGUUCUAUGUUACAGGCCACAGUUGUUCACAGUUCGAACCAAGCGAUUAAGUCAAUUGCUUCGUCUGAACCGUACAGCAUUCUUAAAUCUUGUUCAGGCAAACGUUGGUGAUGGAGCAAUAAUCAUGAAUAAUCUUCUUCAGCAUCUGAAAGACUCAGAAGAUCCAGUGAUGAAAGGCAUUUUGGCUGAGACAGAAGCCAUGUUGGCUCAGGGGAAAAUGGAUUUACCUCUCAGCUUAUGUUUUGCAGCAGCCAGAGGAGACGAUUUACUGCUGCAUCAGUUGCUGAAACGAGGCUCAAACCCUAACGAAACCGAUAAGAACGGUCGAACGGCGUUGCAUAUAGCAGCAUCAAAAGGAAGCCAAUAUUGCGUUGUAUUACUUCUCGAGCAUGGAGCAGAUCCUAACAUUAGAGAUUCAGAAGGUAAUUUACCAUUAUGGGAAGCAAUCAUUGGGAGACAUGAAGAAAUUGCUAAACUCUUAUCAGAAAAUGGUGCAACGCUAAGUUUUGACACAGUAGGAUAUUUCUCAUGCUUAGCAGUUGAACAAAACAACUUAGAUGCGCUCAAAGACAUUCUAAAAUACGGCGGAGAUAUCUCACUCUCAGAUGUCAACGGAACCACAGCUCUGCACAGAGCAGUCUCAGAAGGAAACAUGGAGAUUGUACAAUUCUUGUUAGAGCAAGGAGCUGAUAUGGACAAGCCAGAUGUUUAUGGUUGGACGGCUCGUACUCUUGCUGAGCAUCAAGGACAUGAAGAUAUCAAGGUUUUGUUUCAUAAUCAGAGACCAGUGGAGAGGAAAUCGAUAUUUGUUUCUGGCACACCAGAGAUUAAACCAUUGAUGAAGCAUUCCAGCGAGCCUGUAAUGACUCACCACCAUUCAAGGGAAGCAAUGCCGCCUCUGGCCCGAGCCGUUUCUCAGAGACGGAAGCUCAGUAAUUUCAAGAACUCACUGUUUGGUAUCAUGUCAGCUGCUAACAGUGGUGAUGAAGGAGGAGUAUCCACCAGAACUGCAAUAAGUGAAGGAGUUAGUGUUGUUUAUCCGGCGAGAGUGACCAUCAGUGGUGAGGCUUCCUCCUCCGGUAAAGUAGUAAAGCUACCGGAUUCUCUUGAAGAGUUAAUUGAAAUUGGUGAGAAGAAGCUGGGAUUCGUAGCCACAAAGAUUCUGAGCAGAGAAGGAGCUGAAAUCGACGACAUCAGGAUUGUAAGAGAUGGCGAUUUUCUCCUUCUUCUCAAGGUUUCUUGAAGAAAUCGCAAAUUCAAUAUAUAGAUUUUAAGGGA